AUGGCCUCUCUCCAUGCUCAGCAGCUCGAAACCAUGUUGGCAUGCACGUUCAACUGCUUCUCCUCAGUGGGGAUGCUUCUCUUCAACAAGCUUGCUGUCCAGGCUUUCCCCUUGGAGUGUAGCCUGGUUUGGGUGCAGCUGUUCUUUGCGGCCUUCUUCAUGCUCAUCUUUGGCUUUCCCUACUUGCACAUCGGAUCCAUGAGGGACUUCCUGCGGUGGUGCAUGGUUGUGCCAUGCUUCACCGGCAUGUUGAUGACCUCCAUCCUGGCCUUGAAGAGCGCUCCAAUGUCGUUGGUCAUUGUCCUCCGUAGUGCCUCGCCCCUCUUCUCGCUCUUCAUCGAGCGCUUCUACCCUGAGCCUUUGCGCAUCAGCGGGCCUAUGGUUGGAGCCAUCCUAGUGAUGAUGGCAGGUGCUGUCAUGUACGUGUCCCAGCUCCAUGCCGAGCACUGGGAGGGCAUUGGCUGGGUGAUGCUCAACAGUGUGGUGGCCGUGUGUGAUCGGCUGCUGCAGCGCCUGCUUCUCUCCAAGGACCAGCACCCCGUGGACAUCUCCAAGACGGGCAUCACUGUAAUCAACAACAUGAUGGGUCUCAUCCCAGUGGGGAUUGCCGCCUACUUCAUGGGCGAAGUCAACCAAGUGCCCCAAGCCUUUGCCAACCUCUCAGGCCUGGAUAAGCUAUACAUCGGCCUUAGCUGUGUCAUUGGCUUGUCCAUCGGCUUCACGGGGAUCUGGGCCCAGAGCUUGAUCAGCGCCACCAGCUUCCUGGUCAUGGUCAACGCCAACAAGUUUGUCAUCAUCGGAAUCGAGGCUUUUGGCAUGCAUACCAAGGUGUUGACCCACGGGCAGAUUCUGGGCGCAUGCCUGUCAAUCCUGGGCGGGAUCCUCUACGGCAAAGCCCGCUCCCAGAUUGAGCAAGAGGAGGAGGAGAGGAAGCAGCUGCUGCCGAGCGUGAAGGUCUGA